UCUGCUCUUCCUCCCUUUCUCUCCCCCCCCCCCCCCAUCUGUGCUGUCUUUUAGAAGAGAGAUGCUUGUCACCUACUCCUUGUAGUUCCCACACUAUCCCAUUCUCUCUCUCUCUCUCUCUCUCUCCCUCUCUCUCCCUCUGUGUAUGUGUGGGGAGCGUCUUGACAACCGAGAUGCAGCAAGAGAAAGAAGCAAAGGAGAAAAUGGGGAAAGAAGAAUAAACUCUCACCAUCUCCAUUGCCAAAAGAGAGAAACUAAAGAAAGAAAGCUCCAAUUUUUAUCCAUGGAGAGGCACAGAUGCAACCUUUGCUUCCGGCGCUUCUCCAGUGGCCGGGCUCUCGGAGGUCACAUGCGCUCUCACGUGACGCCCCGCCCCAACCGAGCUCCGCCUCCGCCCCCCUCCCACUCCGCCUCCUCCUCCUCCUUCUCCGCCGCGGAAGCGGCGGCUUAUGACGAGACCGCGGCGGCGGAUGAGGGUCUCGGCUACGGCCUCCGGGAGAACCCCCGUAAAAGCUUCCGCCUUGUUGACCCGGAAUUCUCAUCCAUCUUCGCGGCCGCGGAUGGCGGCGGCGGCGGCGGCGGCGGCGGCGGUGGCGGUGGUGGCGGUGGCGGCUCCUCCUCCGUCGUUCAGGAUCGCGAGAGCGAGACCGAGUGCUCCCUGCCCCCGCCGCUCGGACGCCGAUCCAAGCGCUCCCGCCGCCUGCAAGAGGCGGCGGUGGCCGCGGACGCCGAGCCCCUCAGCUCCAUCUCCGACGUGUCCCCCGAGGAGGACGUGGCCCGGUGCCUGAUGCUUCUCUCCCGCGACGCCUGGGCCAGAUUGGGAGCAGGGGAGGAAGCGGAUGAUCAGCACUCCGACGGUUGGGACGAGACGGCGGAGGACGAGGACUACAACGACGACGGCGAAGACGGCGACGAGGGGAUCGGCAGCGCUGCCCGACCGCGGCGGAAGGGGCGGCGGAGCAGGUACCGGUGCGGCACGUGCAAGAAGUUCUUCCGAUCAUACCAGGCCCUGGGUGGCCACCGGGCGAGCCACAAUAAGAUGGCCGGCAGCGGGUGCGUCCGGGCCGCCGGUGGCACCCAGAUCGGCGGAGAGGACUCCUCGGAGGCCAAUGCCGAUCGGAAUUCGAGCCUCCAUCGCUGCCCCUUCUGCUCCCGGGUCUUCGGCUCCGCCCAAGCCCUCGGCGGCCACAAGAGAUCCCAUCUCGCCUCCUCAUCCUCCCCCGUCGCCGCCGCCGCCGCCGCCGCCCAUUCCCCUCCGCUCCCUCCUCCUCUUCGCUCCGCCAACAACAGCAGCACCAACCUCGGCGGCGAGGGCUUCAUCGAUCUGAACCAACCAGCUCCUCUGGAGGAGGAAGUCGAGCUCUCGGCGCUCUCCGACGCCACCGAGCUGCAAUCCAAGUGACUUCCUUUCUCCAUUGCGAUCCCUCUCCGAUCCAAACAGAGCUACAUAGCAAGCAAUCUGAGGUGCAGUUUAUCGAAACAAAACCGAAAUCCGUCUAAAAAUCUCAUCUUUCCCAGCCGAAUGCUGUGCAAAAGAAACCCAGUCCGAUUCAGCUGACAUCAAUUUCAAAUUUUUAUCAGUUUUUCUGCGCGAGUUCGAUCUGGUUCUUCAUUUACAGUAGAAGGAAUCACAAAUCAUCAAAAUCAUCAAGAAAAAGGCUCUUUUUUCUUUGAAUUUACUGUAAUUAAGCUUAGUUUUCAUUCAAACUUGUUCUUGCAACUUCAACUUAAAAUUCUUAUCAGUUUUGUUCAGAAUUUGAUCUGCUUUUUGAGUUGCAGUAGCUCACUGUGUCAAUCGAGCAGUAGAACAGAAUCAAAGAUCAUUAGGAUUUCCAACA